AUGAUGAAACAGUGAAAGGAAACAAUCCUUUCUCCUGUCUAUGUUUAUGUGACAAACUAAACAACAAAAUUCAGGCCUUCCCCACCACCAACACCAGACACUACCCCCUCCACCACCACCACCACCACCAUCUCUCUUUUGAAAUCCACAAAAUAACAAAAACCACAAUCUAUCACCUCUCCUCGCUACCCUUUCCUUCUUUCCCUCUUCCUCUAUUCUCAUCAUAUGCCUAUACCUUAUGUCCCAACCUCCAACCCCAACCCCAAUCCCACAACCACUUCCACCCCUACCACCACCACCACAACCGCCCUCACUUCUCGCCACCACCACUACCACUACCUCCAUCACCAACCGCGAAUACCGCAAAGGUAACUGGACAAUCCAAGAAACCCUAACCCUAAUCACCGCCAAGAAACUGGACGACGAGCGCCGCUCUAAAGCCUCCGUCCCUUCAACAUCCAAGCCCGGUGAGCUCCGGUGGAAAUGGGUGGAGAACUACUGCUGGGCCAAUGGUUGCUUCCGCAGCCAGAACCAAUGCAAUGACAAGUGGGAUAAUCUCCUCCGCGACUAUAAGAAAAUCCGAGAGUAUCAAUCGAGAUCCAGCGACUCUGAUUCCUUCCCUUCCUACUGGACCAUGGAGAGACAGCAGCGCAAAUACUACAAUCUCCCUUCCAAUAUGUCCCUCGAGGUAUUUGAAGCUCUUAAUGAAGUAGUUCAAAGAAGACAUCUUAAUACACAACAAAACAUAGCUACUACUCCACAACAGCAACAGCAGAGGCAACUUUCAGUUGCUGUUGCUGCUUCUCCAACUCCAGAGACAGUCCGGGAAGCUCCGCCGGAACCGGCGAUGGAUCCCACGGCGGUUUCAGAAGGAUCAGAAUCAUCAGCGACGGAAUCAAGCGAUAAACUUGACACAGCCACAAAAAGAAGGAAAGUUGGGAGUAUUGGUGCAAGCAUCAAGCACAGUGCUUCCAUCUUAGCCCAAACAAUCAGAAACUGCGAAGAAAAGAAAGACAAGCGACAUCAACAACUAAUGGAGUUCGAACAACGUAGACUUCAGCUCGAAGAAACCAGAAAUGAAGUGAACCGACAAGGAAUGGCCAGUCUUGCUGUGGCUGUUACCAAGCUUUCAAGUGCUAUUCAGUCACUUAUAUCAGACCAAAGCUGAGGAUUAAAAAAUAAAAAAUAUAAAAAACCCAUAUUUAAUGGAUGGUUUUCAAGUGAAAGCAAAUGUGGGCAUCUACAUGCUUUUCCUUUGAAAAUGAAAAGGUUGCACUCCUACGAGACAUUUAAGUGUGUGGUUUAAGCAAGUGUGUGGUCCAUCUUUUGUAUAAACAUCCAAACUUCAAUCAAUUCAUUUUUAUAAAUAAAAA